AAACUUAUGUGAGCGCUUCUCUCAGGGCUUCGCGGGAUAUACACAACGUUUGAUGCGGAACAAGCUGACAAGGCGUUCUGUCUUGCUGUCAAACCAGACCACGAGUAUUGUUUGAGGAGUAUGCUUGCGUUCUGAACUAUUAGGCUACAAUACUCAUUUGGGGUAGGACUGUCAUCUCCGUUUAGUCUACAUGCGCUCACAAUAAACAUGUCUUUGGACUAGUGUUUGCUGUAGUUCGCGCUCAUGCCCCUAAACCCGUGCCAAUGCCGAGGAAUGGAUACUGUCUCUAGCAAAGGGGGGAACAUGGUCGCAAGUGACGAGGAGCAUCUGGACGGGAGCGAUGGCAGUAACGCGGGGAUGGACGCGCUUCACCAGUGCAAACUCAUCCAGAACUUGAUCGAGAUCUCCAUCUCUAGUCUGAAGGGGCUCCGGACCAAGUGCGCCGCAUCUAACGACCUGACCCAACACGAGAUACGCGCUUUUGAGGUGAAGCUGGUGAAGUACAUCAGUAAACAGUUGGAGUGGAAGCAGAGUGUUCCAGAGAGUGAGCGACCACUGGUGCUGGACUCUUACCCACACCUCACAGACUGGCUCCACACCAUCAACCUCCGGACAGAACUCAUAGAGGCAGUCCCUGCGAAACUGUCCCUGGAUGCUCUGCUGCAAAUGUCCAGUGCCCAGGUGGAAGACACCAUGAAAAGACUGGGCUCUAGCAGUGAGGAGUGUUCCCGCAUCACCACUGCCCUCUCCUGUCUCAAGAGCGCUACUAACACAGGAGGACUUCUCAGGAAAGAGGGCAUCCCGUGGAUAGCAGAACCCACUCAACGUGACAGUACCUCUGCUGACCCGCUGUCUUGUUCUAUGCGUGCACCUCAGUCUUACAGUCCCAACCCAAUCAUCUGGCCCCCUUCUUCUGCUUUGCCUGCCCCUCGUUCCUGCGUCUCCGUGUCUGCCCUACCCUCAACGGACUUUCCUACAAUUGUCCACAGUCACUGUGAAGUGCUGACGGACCCCUUCUCGUCCUCCCCGCAGCUGAACCGCUGCACAUCCCGGCUGCUGUCCACCCCUCCAGCCACCCCACCACCCAAAAAGUCCGGCAAGCUGUGGCCCCCACGAACUCCACCACCCCCCUCCCGCAAGCUGCUAAACUUCCUUCCCAGCAUCACCCUCACACGCAGCAAGAGCCAGAGCCAACUGGCCAACCGGAUAGAUGACCCUACACCCAGCAAGAGUGGAAAGAAAAACAAACCGCUUCUGAACGUGCAGGUAAACGGUGGAGGAAAUGGCUGGGAAGACUCACCCUCACGGUCACCACUGCUGUCUGCCCGCUCCCCCUGCAUCCUACCAAAUACACCUAGUCACCUGGGAGAUCCUGCGGCUAUAAGAAAUAAUGUUGCAUCCCACGGAAGCUCUCCGUUGAUCAUGAGGAAGGAUAUUGGUCUGGAUGUCACACACAGGUUUUCCACCAAGUCCUGGUUGUCUCAGACGUGCCAGGUGUGCAAGAAGAACAUGAUGUUCGGUGUUAAAUGCAAACAUUGCAAGGUGAAAUGCCACAACAAAUGUACUAAAGAGGCCCCUAAGUGCAGGAUUUCAUUUGCACAACUUCCAAACAAGGUCAGUUCAAACAUCAGAAGAACAGAAUCAGUACCGUCAGAUAUCAACAACCAGGUGGAGCGACCGGCAGAGUCGCAGCUGUACGGAACAUUGCCGAAGGCAAUAAACAAAAAGGACCACCCUCCAUCCCUGAGUCACCUGGACUCCAGUAGUAACCCCUCCUCCACAACCUCCUCCACCCCCUCCUCACCUGCCCCGUCCAGUCAGAGCAACCCCCCGAGCGCCACCCCGCCACCCAACCCCUCCCCUAAGGGUCACGUUGACAGUCGCUUUCACUUCCCAGCUGCCUGCUACUUUCAGCAUAGACCGCAGUUUGUCUUCCCUGACGUAUCCAGUUCCCCGCAUCCAGAUGGCAGUUACAACACUGGAGAAACAGAUCAGUUGGAUGGUAAUCUUAAGCAGACAUCAACAGACCAGAGGGAAGCUGUGGAUGAGGAACAGCAAGGGGAUGAUGGUCAGGAUCAGGAGGGAUCGGAUGAUGAAAGUGAAGGUGAUGAAGUGGAUGACCUGCCCAACUGCAAGGGCUACUGGAAGGACCACAUAAGCCGUAAGGCCAGCCAGACUAGCGUUGACCUGCGGGAGUGGGAUGUCCCGUUUGAGCAGCUGGAGCUGGGUGAGCUGAUCGGGAAAGGCCGCUGGGGGAAGGUGUGCAGGGGCCGCUGGCACGGAGAGGUGGCCGUUCGACUGUUGGAGAUUGACGGUAACAAUCAGGAGCACCUGAAGCUGUUCAAGAAGGAGGUGAUGAACUACCGGCAAACGCGGCACGAGAAUGUCGUGCUGUUCAUGGGGGCCUGCAUGAACCCGCCCCAUCUGGCCAUUAUCACCAGCUUUUGUAAAGGGCGGACACUGUACUCUGUUGUCAGGGACUCUAAACUUGACAUCAACAAAAUAAGACAAAUCGCUCAGGAAAUUGUAAAGGGAAUGGGUUACCUUCAUGCAAAGGGAAUUGUGCACAAAGAUUUGAAGUCCAAGAAUGUGUUUUACGAUUCAAAUAAAGUAGUAAUCACAGAUUUUGGCCUGUUUGGGAUGUCUGGAGUGGUCCAAGAGGGCAGGCGGGAAAAUGAACUGAAGCUGCCACGCGGGUGGAUCUAUUACCUAGCUCCUGAGAUCGUGCAAAAGAUGGGACCUGGAAACCAAGAAGACUGUUUGCCCUUUUCAAAAGCUGCUGAUGUUUACGCCUUUGGCACUAUCUGGUAUGAACUCCAGGCUAAAGACUGGCCCAUCAUCAACCAACCGACUGAAGUUUUGAUCUAUCAGCUGGGAAGUGGAGAAGGCCUCAGAACAUUACUGGCCCAGAAGGGUACAAGCGUGGGCAAGGAAGUUACGGAGAUCCUGUCCGCCUGCUGGUCCUUUAAAGUUGAGGACAGACCUACAUUCACUCAGCUGACAGACUUACUAGAGAAGCUGCCGAAGCUCAAUCGCCGGCUCUCGCACCCCGGACACUUCUGGAAGUCUGAGGAGUAUGUAUCCUAGGCUGGAUCGCUGGCAUGCUGCGGAUCCCCCUUUUUUGGAGGGUGUAGUUUAGUGAGCAUGGAAACUAACUGAUCGUUUGGAGCCGACCUGUGCAUUGUUUUUUUUAUUCUGAGCCUUCAUUUUACACUAUUGGAUUUUUAGUGUAGCGAGUGUCAGGAGGAUGCUGUGCAUGAAUUCAACUGAAUGAAUGCUGUGUCACAUUUGGUCAAGCCUGAUAUCAUAUGGUGCAGGAAAUAAGUGAUGAAAAAACGAGUGUGAGUGUUUUUCUGCUACAAAGGUUUUUGCCUGUUAUAUGAAUGACUGGUCUGGUUUGCUAAUAUGUGUGAAGCUUGUGAUUUUCUCGUUUAUUAUUCACCAUAUAGAAAUUCAGAACCAGAUACUGUUCUGGUUCAGAGGGAAGGUGCCCAUUUAUUAUGCCUGUUACGCUUUUGAAGAUGUUCAUAUGUCCAGAUAUCUGGCCUGUGGUCAGUAAUGCACCUGUUAUAUUUAAAUAAUAUUGUUUAGUCUGUGGUGGAAUGGGCACAAUCAGAUCAUUAUUUUUAUAAUAAAUAAUAUAAUGACAAUAUUUGUAAUUAUAUUGUUAAUAUUAAUCAGUAAAAACAACUGAAAAACUUUUUAUGAAAAAAGUAAUGUUUCUGUAUGUUGUUUCUGCCCUUUUUCUUGUCACUCUCUCUCAUUCUCGGAAUGGCCCGAACUGUGAUCACAUCUCUGUCAUCUGCUGUUCCUGUUUCUCGAUGUUUCCUGUAUCACCACCAACACGUCACUUUAUUUUCUCCUCUGUACUUUCCUUUCUCCUGUUCAGCGCAUGGCAUCACCACUGUCUGCGCGAGCACUGCAGUCCAGGCUUCCGUUCUCGCUGUCCCUAUGUGUACAAAUACGAGCAUUUGUCCACGGCUGCCGUUAAUAUUAGCUUGGCUGCUGCAUUCAAAGAAAGCAACUGAUUUAGAUGUCUGAUUCUAUUCCGUUUAUUUCCUGUGUGAUUCAUUGAUUUCUAUGCUUUCUAGCGUCUUACAAAUCUUGGCACUGUUCAUCUUUGUGUUGAUUUUCCUUAGCAGUUCUUAUAGUCUCUUAAGCUUUUUAACCUUUGCCUGUUCUAAUGCUGAGCAAAGCCAUUUUAGCUAAACUUUGUACAUGGAAAAUAUGCUGACAGGAUUUCCAUCCUGUUUUUAUUGAGCCAGCAGACCAUGCCAUGUUUCAAAUUCCCCUUGUGUGCCGUCACAUGAAUGAAAUGUGAUCUCCAUUGCACUUCUGGUAGUCAAGACCGUAUGCUUUUGCAAUCCGCAAACCUUCUACUGUAUUUUUACAGAAGUGACUUCCUUUUUCCACAUUGUUGCUCAAAAUUAAGAUUUAAAUAAAUAAUAUUUUACCGGAUACUAAUCUGACCUACUCCUACCAGGACAGUUAAAGAGCUGUUAAAUGAAGGGUCCUGACAAAUUAUUUGUUAUAUCAUAAAGUAUGAAAGAGAUUUUGACCCAGCAGGAUGGUGUUUAGAAACUUUUCAUGUCUAAUACCUCUCGUGUGUGUGUGUGUGUGUGUGUGUGUGUGUCAGUCAGAGUGAGUGUGUGAGUGUGUGCAUGCAGAGUUUUGGGUGAUUUAUUUGUGGUGUUAUAAACAUUGAGAGGAUGAUUCUUUUAGACUGUAGUGAACUAUUGACAAUAGUCAAUGUAGUGAACAGACAAUAGGGAACUAUUGUUUUAUUUAUUGUACAGCUAAGAUUUCUUGUAUUAUUUGUACAAAAUGUUAUGUUUCCAUCGCAAUAUUUUGAAAAGGUACUUUACUCCUGUUGUACAGCUCUUUAUAUACAGUGUUUCGGACAUAAAAUGUAAAUUUCUUGAGUGAGAUUGUGGUUUUAAUGUUAUGAAAUUAUGAAUUCAUAUUUUUGUAAAGCUUUUAUCCUCUUGUCUGUAAACACAAUGUAAUUUUAUCCUGGCAGAAAUAAUAAACAAACGAAACAUUCA